AUGUAUGACAUGUUUUGUGUGUGGCUCGCGUUCGAGUAAGACUCUGUAAUGAAGACAGGCGCGCGAGGUUAAUUGAAACACGAGUAUAAUUUUGUAUACUUCGAGUUUCUACUGAAAGUUACUGUUACUGAAGGUUUGCAUAUUUAGAACAGACAGAUUCGUAAGGGUUUUUAAGAAGUGUUAUGGGAUGGAAAAAUAAUACAGUGCAGAUCUUGUUGUCCGGGAUACAACAGGUAAAAGAGCAAUUUUCAUUUUGUAAGGGAAGAGAAGGGGUUUUCAGAAGUCUAAAAUAAGAUGUCAUCUAUAGAAGAUUCCUAUCAUUUGUCCAGUUAAAUGGUUUAUUUGGUAAGUUUUUAUCUGACUGGAAAGCCCGCGAAAAAAUAUUCUAACAGAAAAUUUAACUUUUUCCUGGAUGAAAGAUCAUCGUUAGCUAAAGAUUGAAAAAUUACAAACCAGAACAAGAUAUGUCAAAAUACUAACUUGUGAUUGGCGGAGAGGUGACAGUUUCUGCACACCUGUCGAGCGGACCAGUCAGGGGAGUGUACCCUUUCCUAGAUACAAAACUACGUUAUCCCCAAAUAGUUAAGUCAUGAGAGAAAGAUAAUUAACAAUUCAUUCACCAGUUGUCUAAUAUAUAAACAAUUUACCGGUGGGAUGAAGUCACGGUAGGCAGGCUAGAAACCCAACGCCCCAUCGCCCGCCUAUGUUGGCCUGACAGAAAGUGCCAGACAUUUGAAAAUAGUGUUUUGUGUUUAUUCGCCAGGUCAUGAGGCUCGCAUCCUUGGCGGUACUAGUCGCCAUAGGCCUAGUCCAUUUCAAACUAUCGGCGUCUCUGCCCGUGUCUCCAGUCCCUCCUCUUCUUAACAAACUUCUCAAGGAUCAGAAUGUAACACUGGGUUUCAUUCUCAAAGGAUUGCAAGGUCCUCCCGGUGCGAAUGGUAUGGCUGGAAUGUCCGGUCAGCCAGGUCAACCGGGUCCACCGGGAUUCAAAGGAGAUCCCGGUCCUCCUGGUUUCCCCGGUACUCCCGGUCUUCCAGGAGCCCCUGGUUUUCAGGGACCUCCAGGUAUGGAUGGAGCUCCUGGUUCGCCUGGUUUCCCUGGUCCUCCAGGUUUUCCCGGUGGUAGUGGAAUGCCCGGUGUCCCCGGUAUGCAAGGACCUCCAGGACCUCCAGGUGCCCCAGGCCCUACACCAAUUAGAUACAACGGAACAGUGAAAUGUGAAGAGGACACAGCUUGGCUGCGAUGUAACGAGUACAAACACAUAAGCAUUAUCUCCGCUUUCUGGGGAAGACGAAACUUCGGCCUGUGCACGGAACACACAGGAAACCUACAGUUUAACAAAUACUGCCCGACAACGCCUCUCUUUCUGACAAAAGUUAAGGACGCCUGUGAAGGAACGACCAUGUGCGAGAUAAGAUGCACAAAGUUCUUCUUCAACGAUCAAUCUUGCUCAGACGUAUACAAAUACUUGGAAGUCUACUACAAAUGCAUUGAAGUUAUUAACGGUCACGAGGUUGUGAACGAAGAUAACCUACUCAACGCCAAUUUCUUGGGUUGAACGAACGAACGAACAAACUUUCUAUAGAACGUUACUUUGCUUCGCUCUCGGCUGUAUCAUUUCACUUUGCUGGAAAGAGUUGUAUUUGUAAAAACGGGCUUGCCUGAGGAUAAAAAAACGAAUAAAUCGCUUCAACUAAAAAGGGCGAAGGCCUCGAAUUUCUAAUUCUUCGGCGAAAGAAGACGACAUACAUGGUUCUUGUACUUGUGAACCAUGUGUUAUAUCGAUUUAAGGUAGUUUUCUUUCUGUACAUGACAUGAUUAAAUCAUCUUCGUAGAAUCGAUCGAUAUUUACUCGGCUCGACUCUUUACGAAAUUUGACGAAUUAGUGUGACGCAUUAGUGAGGUAGGGUCUCCAGUUUUUGUUGUCAACAGGUUUUUUUUUGUUCUAAUAAAUUACCUUUUGUGCCGUAAGGGCACAGACUGACCAAGGUUUCCAGCACUGACAAACCUCCCGAAUUGGCCAGACUGACCAAGAAGCAAUGAUCAGUAGCUGUUCAAAUCGCUUGUGUAUGAUAUAGUGCGAUUUAUGAUGUAAUCUUCACUCUUAUAUGUAAAUAAACUGGUAAUGGAAUGGUUUACAGGUGUACACACGCCUUAUGUAGUUCUAAAACAGUAACUCGAUCAUGAUUGCUUUCAUUUGGUGACUGAUGGAUGUCAAUGAAGUUCUACUUCAGCAUUAUGAAGUUCAAGUUUGUCAAUAAACGACGUUUCCGUUGUCCAA